GUAUCAGGUUGUAAACGUGGACGCCGGACUUCCCCACAAAACGAACCCAAUUUCUCUCCUUCUUCCACACGCAAGCACAGAGACGUCGGAGCAAUAAUGGCGGCGCCGGUCGGAGUCGCAGUGAGGACGCUGUUGAGCGUGUUGGGCUGUUUCAUGGUGGCGGUGCUUAUUUACACAAUCGCCACCGAUGGCCUCCCUUUUCGUACAGAGCUACUCACUAGGUGGAUGGCAGCAUUACUGAUAGAUUUCUACAUACAUAUUGCUAUCAUAGGGGCUUGGGUUGUCUACAAGGAAUCAAGCUGGAUCAUAGCCUCAGUUUGGGUGAUUUUAUUAAUUUGUUUUGGAAGUGUCACAACCUGUGGAUACAUCGUUCUGCAGUUCUACAAGUUAACACCUGAAGAAUCUUCAAAGGAUCCUAUUUACUUUGUAUUGGUGACACACCAAAAAAGAGAUGACAUGGAACACAAAAAGGGACUUUCUGUUGUAAUUGCAAGAGUAAUCUUUGGGGUAUUAGGCUGCUUAAUGCUUGGAACUUUGCUUUACACACUUAUUGUUGAUGGAUCUCCAUUUCGUGCUGAAUUAUACACUCCGUGGAUAGUGGCUACACUGAUCGACUUUUACAUCAAUGUUGUGGCUUUAUCGGUGUGGAUAGCAUAUAAGGAAUCAAGUUGGAUAAGUGCUUUGUUGUGGAUAGUUUUUCUUGUAUGUUGUGGGAGUAUUACUACAUGUGUAUACAUAGUGAAGCAGCUGUUCUAUCUCUCUCCUGAUCAGCCUAUUUCCCUUAUACUUUUCAAGAACAAUCACAGGCCCAUUAAACAGGUAUAAAAGAAUGAAAGGCCAAAUCACAUUACAAAGGGUUAGCUGAUGAAUAAAGUUAUAGGCUUCAUUUGUGUUUUUUUUACCACUUGAUGGAUCUUAAAUCUUAUUAAAACUCUGAACAAAUCUCUAUAUAUUUAACAUGAACCUUAUAUUUACGAAAUGUUAAUGUAUGUAAUAUGUGUGUACGUAUUUAGCUUUGUGUAUCACAUUCAAGUCAAUCUAUUGGUUAAUUAUUAUUUGCUAUUA